AUGAGCAAUAUUGUAUUGCAUGUAGCUUCGAGUGGAAUUGCUUCUCUCCUCCUUCCACGGGAAAGAACGGCGCAUUCGAGAUUUGGUAUCCCUUUGAAUGUAACUGAGAAUUCUACAUGUGCCCGAAUUCGUCCUAGGUCUGAUUUAGCUGAUCUUCUUAUCAAGACAAAACUUAUUAUAUGGGAUGAAGCGCCCAUGAUGCAUAAGUACUGUUUCGAAGCACUUGAUAGAAGUUUGAGGGACAUAAUGAGGUUAGUUGAUAGGAGAAACAUGCAUCGACCGUUUGGGGGUAAAGUUAUGGUGUUUGGUGGUGAUCUACGUCAGAUAUUACCAAUUGUACCAAAGGGAAGGAGGCAAUAUAUCGUGUUUGCUACCGUUAAUUCGUCUUACUUGUGGGAUUCGUGUAAGGUCCUAACACUUACUCGCAAUAUGAGACUUCAAUCAGGUUCUUCUAAAUCUUCCGCUGAUGAACUGCGAGAAUAG